UUAUCUGAACAAACAAAACUCUAAAGAAACAACAUGAAGAUUUACAUUACUUUAGCUGCUAUUUGCUUAAUUGCCAGUGCUGCUGCACUGAGUAUUGAAUCAUUAAAUUCCUUAAGGGAGAAAACCGAAAUCGAGGCUCAAUACCAGGAAUGUGCUAAACAGGAAAACGUCUCCGAAGAAGAUGCUACCAAAUUGCGCAACAAGGAUUUCGCUAAUGCCACACCCGGCAUGAAAUGUCUCGGUACUUGCUUCUUUGAGAAGGUGGGCAUUUUGAAGGACAGCAUUGUACAAGACGAUGUGGUUUUGGCUAAAUUGGUACCUCAAUACGGCGAGGAAAAUGUCAAGAAUGCUUUGGAAAAAUGCAAGAAUGAAAAGGGCGUCGAUCGCUGUGAAACCGGUUUCAAAAUCUAUGAAUGUGCCGAAUAUGCCAGAGCUGAAUGGGGUCAUUAAUUUUAACUUAUGGUGUUUUCUUUUCUGGCCCUUUUCUUUUACCCUUCUUUGUGUUCUUUUCUGAAAAAUGGAACAGUUUUUGUAUUUUUUUGAU